AUGCGUUUGCAUCCAAUUCUUUUAAUAAAAACAUUGAUACUUCUAAUUUUAUUUAUUGCCAUUUUUGAUAAAAUCUAUUUACAAACUUGGCAUUCGAAAAUUAAAAUUAUUCUGAUAGAACGAAAACUUUCAACAGUAUUAACAUCAAAUGAUGAAUUCAAUCAAAUAUCAUACACUUUAGAACCAUUUACAGCAAAGUUACCACAUUUUUCUGAUGAUGAAGCACGUAAUUGGUUUUUGAAUUCAACGUACUAUAAACUGUAUUCAAAACAAUGUCCAAAUAAUGCAUGUGAAACAAAUGGAUUUCUUUUUAAUGGUUUACAAGAACAUCGUCAAGUUCAUAUUGCUUUUAUCAAAAAUGGUCUCUAUUUAAAUGAUAAAUGUGGUUAUAGAUAUAGCGAAGACGCUAUGCGACGUACAUUUAAAUCAAGUAAUCAACCAUCUGUUAUUUAUGAUAAAGCUAUUAUAUAUACUGUAGCACAUGGAUGGCGUUUUCAACAUUUUCUUGAUGGAAUUGGACCAAAAUUAUCUCAUUCAAAAAUCUAUUUAGAUAAAUAUCCUGAUGCAAAAGUUGUUAUUGAACGCGGUCCUUGGAUUGAUCGAUCAGUGGAACAAAUUUGGGCAUUAAUGGGUGUUAAUGAAUCGAAUCGACUUAUUCAUUAUAAACAUGGCACAAAAUUAGGUGCUCAUCUUCUUAUAAAUCCUUGUCGAACACCAGCUACCCAUCCAAUUCUUUGGCAUGAUGCUCGUCGUUUAUAUUGGUCUCUUGCUAAUUUACCACGAUCUGAUCCAUUAUUAUCAAGAAAUAAACUCAUUUAUGUUCGACGUACAAGAAUAAAUGCUAAAAUCUCAGGUCGCCAUAUUUUAAAUGAAAAAUUAUUAAUAAAUAUAGUUCGUGAAUAUGCAUUAAAACAUUCAUUAGAAUUUAUUCAAUAUGAUCAUUUAAAAGAGAAUCGUAUUGAAAAAGAAAUUGAACUAUUUUAUCAAGCACGUAUUAUCAUAGGUGUCCAUGGUGGUGCACUAUCAAAUAUAAAUUAUGCUCAAUCACAAACAACAAUUAUUGAAAUAAUGCCUUAUCGUGCUGAACAAAAUACGGCACCAGUUGUUUGUAUUUUUUCAAAGCCAGAUGAAGUAAAACCAUGUGUUGGUUAUAUUUAUUAUGUACAAGCUCAAUUACUCAAUCACACCUAUUGGAUUUUACCCACUGAAGUUGAUGAUGAAAAAAAUCUUCAUGUUAAUUUAACUCGUGUUAAACGAUUAUUUGAUUCAUUGGUUUAA